AUGAGGACUAUAACUUCAGACAGCGGCCAAGUGGAAACUGUCACCGUAAGAAGAAGUGAGUCGGCGGAUGCUCAGGAGAUUGACAGCCUCCUUGGCCCUUCAACUCAGGCGGUGUUUGGACGAGUCAAUGUGAUCCAUCUUCUAGAGAAAGCCAAUCUGGCCGUGACUCUGCUCAAUGAAAAGGACGAAAUCCUGGCUCAUGCUUCUUUCUUCGAUCACCCUUUUGGAGACUUGGUGGAUCAGGCUCAGUGGGAAACCUUCCUGAAGAAACACUUCAGUGCAGAAAAAUGCACACCUCUGAACACGCUUUUCCUCCACCUUUUCGUGGCUCAGACAAAUUUCUCCAGAGCAAGUGUAAAGGAGAUAAUGAGGGCUGUUUUUUAUGCCGUUCCUGAGCUUGAAUGCGUCUCCCUGGUUAGCCCAAAUCUUGGAGAUUUAGAGCCGGCGCUGAAUGAGAUAUUUGAACCGUUGCGGCGCCUGACUGACCCAGGGCCUCAGUGUUUAGCUUUGAUCAGCCACAGACAAGAGUACUUUCCAGGCCUUCAUAUCCGCCCAGCCAGAGUGGAAGACUGUGACGACAUUAUGCUCAUGUGUGAAGAGCAGAACGAGCAAGCGGGCAACUUGCCAGCUGUCUUUGACCCGCCAUACUUCCUGGUACAGCUCAUUGAGGACAAGUCUGAGGACUCUCACAGCGCUGUUUGUGAGAUUGAUGGAGUUGUUGUCGGCUUCAUCAGUGUGACUGCUCAUGUUGAUCUGAAGCAGCUCCCUAACAGAUUUGACCUGAGCGAGUUUGACGGUUUGUACAAAGUGCAGCAACCAAAACCUGACGGCUCUGCUGCUCAGUCUGACCCCAGUGAGGAUGAAGACGAACAAGGACAAACUCUAACUUCCACUUUACAGCAGGAGGAGGCACAGGUGACUGAAACAUUUUCAGGGAAAUCCAACACUUUCUGUAUUCAGCUCUUCGUUUUCGACAAGAAAUAUGGGACAAGAUCAGUGGACUUUAUUCCAUAUAUAUUCAAGCUUUUCCCUGACCUGAACUUCUGCAUCAUCACACUUCGUGUUGGGGCCCCUGUGCUCCCCUUGUUGCAGAACUUUGUCAGGGUUCCCUCGAGUCCCACCAACUUGUCCCAUGAACUCUACGUCUGUCACCGUGCUGGACUCAGGAGCGUGGAGGUGAGGCCGGCUGUGCCUGCAGACCGGCCUGCUGUCUCUGGCCUGGUGAAGGAUCUGAGCCUCAGUGAGCUCCUGCUGCAGGACCUGGACUGCUUCUACGAGGCCUGCAGUGAUACAAACGCGGUGCGGCUGCAGGCCUUCGUGGCGCAGGCAGAUGGAGAAGUCGUCGGGAUGCUCAUCAUCAGAGACGAGCAGGACGUCGAGUACAUUCGUGGCCACUACAACAUCGAGAACUUCAUCUACUUCAGCCAUCACAGCUACGAGGAGCACGCUCAGAUACGCCACUUCGUCCUCAAACCCUCCUUCAAGCACUUCACCAAGCACUUGUUGAAGGAGGUCCUCCGGCUGGCUCACAAAUCCUGCCUGUACCACCGACUCUAUCCCCCCUGCCACAGCCAGGAGAAUUCCUGCGUCCACCAUCUGGAUUUUGUCCUCAACUGUGCGGUCCCAGUCCGCCCGCGACGCCAGAUCAUCUACCCGCUGGAGGAGCUUGGCAUAAACGCCCCGUCCAGGCAGCUCACAGAGGACCAGGCACCAUUUGCUCUCAGCCUCAUCAGUAGAAAGUUAACCAUGGAGCCAAAGGUCACCAUUAACGACAGGAUUGUGGUGGUGGGGGCGUCAGACACGGCCUUAUCUUUCCUUGAGGUGCUUUGUUUCAGCCCUCACCUGAGGUUCAACAGCCUGACCCUCAUUUCAACACAUGGUUUCCCCAGCGACUGCAACCACGAGGACGUCGGAUUUUUGUCCACAAGCCAUGCAUACAGCAGCAGAGACUUGGCCCAGAUGCCUCUGCGUUCCUGCAUCAGUGUGAUGACGGGGAAGAUGGUGGGCAUCAACAGGACGUCCAAAUACAUCCUGGUGUCUGGUGGUAAGAAGGUGCAAUAUGACCACCUCAUCCUCUGCACAGGCCUGCAGUACCAGGUGCCCUGUCCCGCUGGCGUGGAUCUUUGCCAGCCCGUCACAAACAGCCAGCUGCCGCCUCAGUCCGCUCACGGCAGAUACUCCGGGCCCGUCCCCUCCAACCUCUUCACCCUCAACGACCUCCACGACUGCGUGGCUGCUCGCCGCUGGCUGUGUGCCAACUUUGUGGAGCUGGAGGAUAAUGCCAUUGUCUACGGCAACAGCAUUGAUGUCUACACCACCGUGGAGACUUUGCUCAGUCUUGGCAUCCGUGGAUCUCGUAUCCAUCUAGUCCUCCCACCUCCCAAGCCUGGCAUGUUCUGCUUCACGGACCCAGCCAUAGAUAAGGCGGUGGCGAGGGCCAUGGGGAGCGCUGAGGUCCAGAUCCACCACGACUGCGUGUUGGCUCAGAUGAACAACGGCGAACACCCCGACCCUCUCACAUCGGUGUCAUUCAACACUGGCGCGGAGCCUCUCCAUCUGCAGUGUGGAGUAUUUAUCAACCUCUCCAAUAAGGGCGUUGACUAUGAUGCCUUCAAGAGCAUCAACAAGUCCUUCCUGGUCUUUGAUAGCAGACUUGUUAUAAACUCCAAUUUCGGCACCAACGAUCCAUCCAUUUACGGUGCCGGGCCUCUCACCAAAUUCUCCCGCCGCUACUACACAGAGUGGUCCCACGCCGACUUCAACUCCAAGGAACUGGGCCAGGAACUCGCAGCCAUGUUGCUGCAUCAGUUUGACCCAACGCUGGAGCCUGCGGACGAGACGCCACCUGAAAUGGAUUAUCUUGUGCCCACAUACAAACAAGCCAAGAUUCAAGGUGGAAAGCUUCCUGGAGGAUACAACUACCUUCAUGUUACCAAACCAGCUGCCACCGACCUGACAGGCCUUGAUGUUAAACAUCUCCAGGACGGAGGGAUUGUGACGGGACGAGUGGAGACGGGCGACUACUUCUGUUUGCAUCUCGACCAGUAUGAGCGGGUGGAGACGCUCACCUGCUUGUCCCUGAAGCCCCUCCCCGUCUCCAAUUACCUGUGUCUGUACGGGAAACACGAGCAGCUGCUGUGCCAGCUGCUGAGACGCUACCACGAGGGCCUGAUCCACGACCUGUACAGUUUCUUCAGAGAGAGCUGGUGUAUGGCCAUCUUCCACGACCGUUUCUCCGACUUCGAGAAGGAGGUUCGACAGAUCACCUCAAACACACUGGAGUCAGACGUCCCCACAACAGACAGUUUUCUAGAUGCAGAGAGACGAGCGGCUCUGAGGAGCAGCGCCGUAAAAUAUCUGAUCUACAACCAAAACCUGCUGCCCAUGUUCGCCCACCCAGGAAAGCUGUGA